GUCUCCGUUGUUCAUGUUUUAUUUCUGGUGAACACUGUAUCAGUUGUGCUACUACCAGGUCUAAUCAUAAUCUCACGAGAAGGUGAAUUAAUAUCAGAAAAUCCGUCCAUACUUUUGGAGUUACUAAAACCGACAGUGAUUGUCCCUUUGGUAAGUUAUACUAAUCUUUUAUACAGACCAGGAAAAAAUAUUUUUAAUUAUUACUUUAUGGUUCCUUUAAUUAAUCCUUAAUUAAUCAAUCAAUCACUCACCUGAAUUUGUCUUAUUCGAAAAUUUUCCUCAAUAGCCAGCCUGUGAAUAACAGGUAUGCAUCCGCUCCCCCCGCCUUGGCCUUGGGAGAGCAAUGUUUAUAAUAUCCGAAUUUGCAAACAUUAAAAAAUGCAGUACCUACUGUACUGUACUGUACUGUACUGUACUGUACUGUACUGUACCGUACCGUACCGUACCGUACCGUACUGUACUGAUUUUUGUGAAUGUGAUCGUAAAUGGAAAAUUAAGCUGCAUACAGUACUUCAACAGCAAAACGAGCAUUUUUGUCUUUCACAUCCAAUUUUUAUCCAAGUUGAACCAAAAUUUGAACGAAUGGCCCUUGGCCGACGUCCAUUAGCUCUAUAAAUAUUUGCAUUAAAUUUCGAUAUUACGGACAUUGCACUCUCGAUCUCAAGACCCAUUCAAACCAGGAAAAGGUUAGUUCGCUGACCUCAGAAUGACAUUUCGUCAAAACUUUUUUCUUCAAGAUUGGUUUAGAAACAAACUUGGAGUAGGGUUAGUGUUUGAAAUAGGGUUAGUGUUAGUAAAACCGUUGCUUUGUUGCAUAUUAUCACUCUGAGGCCAGCGAAAUAACUUAUUCCUUAAAACCAGUCUAACAACGUCCAUUAUUGUUGGUCAAAAAUUUUAAAUAAGACCAACCCUGAUUCAACAUCAUUCAAAAUUAUCAAAAUUAAUAUAAUAUUCAAACGGGUCCAACAAUGUUGUAUCGAACAAUGUAGGAUGAUGUUUGGACCAACAUGUUGGCCUGCUUUGAACGAGCCGUUGGGAUCCCUAUCUACGUACUCCGAGUUUAUUUUUUCAAAAUGUUGGUUAAUGUCGAUUUCUCAUUUUCUUUAGGUGUGUCUAAAGUUAUUCGAGAUGAUAACUAUGCUGCUACAUAUCAAGAUCACAGGUGUGACUACACAUGUCAUGACAAGAAGUCUUGCAUGGAUACCUUCCUGCAUUUCUGUAGGUGUGGUAUGUAAGAUUGAAGUCAUGGUCUCUUCUUUUAAAGCAUACUGGAUUGUAUUGGGUUCAUAUAUACUUUAUGUUAUACCUGACGAUUCAGAUGCGAAACGACCAAGGUAG